CUCCCCCUCUCCCUCCACGCAGCUGCAGCUGCAGCUAGAGUGAGCUAGACCAGAUCACGAGCGGAGGCAAGAAGAUAGGAGAGCCCAGGUGGGUAGUUGCUACCUAACCUGCCAAGCAACAGGCCCGGCGCGCCAACCGCAGCUCUGCCUCUGGCUUCCGCGCAAGCAAUAAAAACGCAGCGAGGGAAGGCCGACACGCCUGCAGCACCACCACGCACGCGACCUGCUGCACCCUAAAUACGCCCAGGAGGAUGGGCGAGGUCCACGACACGGAGGCGGCGACCCCGCUCCUCCCCGCCGCCCACCAUGACGACGACGAGCCGGCGGUGCGCACGGCGCGUGACGCGGCGCGGAUGCUCUGGGAGGAGUCCAAGCGCCUCUGGGGCAUCGGCACGCCCAUCGCCGUCGGCACGCUCAGCAUGUACGCCGUCAGCUCCAUCACCCAGAUGUUCAUCGGCCACCUCGGCAACCUGCCCCUCGCCGCCGCCUCCAUCGGCCUCUCCGUCUUCGCCACCUUCGCCCUCGGCUUCCUCCUCGGCAUGGGCAGCGCGCUCGAGACGCUCUGCGGCCAGGCCUUCGGCGCCGGCCAGGUCGCCAUGCUCGGCGUCUACCUGCAGCGCUCCUGGAUCAUCCUCAUCGCCUCCACGCUGCUCAUGACGCCCUUCUUCGUAUUUGCCGAGCCCCUUCUCCUGCUCGUCGGCCAGGACCCCGACGUCGCGCGCGAGGCCGGCAGGUUCGCCCUCUACAUCCUCCCCUCCGUCUUCGCCAUGGCCAUCAACUUCCCCACCGCCAAGUUCCUCCAGGCGCAGAGCAAGGUCACCGUGCUCGCGUGGAUCGGUGUCGCGGGCCUCCUCUCCUGCGUCGUCCUCAACUACCUCCUCGUCGUCGUCCUAGGCUGGGGCCUCGCUGCAGCCGCAGCCGCCUACGACAUCUCGCACUGGGUCAUCGCGCUGGGCCAGGCAGCCUACAUCAUCGGCUGGUGCAAGGACGGAUGGAGGGGAUGGUCCAUGGCCGCCUUCCAACACAUCUGGGCCUUCGUCAAGCUCUCGCUCGAGUCGGCUGUCAUGCUCUGCCUCGAGAUAUGGUAUAUGGGCAUGAUCACCGUCGUCACCGGCGACCUCCAAGACGCGCAGAUUGCCGUCGAUUCGCUUGGCAUCUGCAUGAACAUAAACGGAUGGGAGGGUAUGAUCUUCAUCGGCCUCAAUGCUGCUAUCAGUGUCCGGGUCUCCAAUGAGCUUGGUUCUGGGCGUCCAAGGGCAGCAAUGUACGCUGUCAUAGUCGUCGUCGGCGAGGCGUUGUUGAUUGGGAUUCUGUGCAUGGUCUUGAUACUGAUCUUCAGAGAUCACUUAUCCAUCAUAUUCACUAGUGAUGUCAACCUGCAGCAUGCCGUCUCCAAGAUUGCAGGCCUGCUUGGUUUAACCAUGGUGCUCAAUAGCGUGCAGCCUGUGCUUUCAGGGGUUGCUAUUGGAGGUGGAUGGCAAGGCUUUGUUGCUUACAUCAACCUAGGCUGCUACUACGUUUUUGGAUUGCCCUUAGGCUACCUUCUUGGCUACCAGUUCAACUUUGGAGUUGGGGGGAUUUGGUCUGGCAUGCUUUGUGGUAUUGCGCUUCAGACGCUGAUUUUGCUAGUUGUGGUCUGGAGAACAGAUUGGAAAACAGAGGCUGCACAAGCUUCAAGUCGUGUGCAAAAGUGGGGCGGCGCUGGCGCUGUGGCUGAUGAAAUCAAGCCUCUCCUGGAAGAGAACUAGCAUAGAGUUGAUGAAAAAAAAAUCCCCUGUUGCCCCAUGACACUCUGCCCACCUUAGUACAGAGAUGUUCUUUGAGGCUUAUUUGAAUAAGCAUGAGCAUUGAGUAACUCUUGUAAUUGAAAUUGUUUAGAUGUAGUUAUGAUUUCUUAGUUCACCUUAUAUGGACAUGAAUAGCCUAUGCACUGUUAAGAAAAUAAGAGAGAAUGGCAAGAAAAAGAGAGAGACGCAUCAAGUUGAUUUUAUUUUCCCGGUAAUUUCGAUUCACCAAUGAUUUUGGAAUGGACUGAUAUUUCUUCCCUUUUUUCUC